CCGCCUCGUGGCGGCGAUCAGCUGCGCGCGCGUCACGUGGGCGCGUGUCGAAGGUCACGGCGCCCACAAUGGAGCUGUCGUCGUACGCGCAGGGAGGGUGGCGGCUGCUGGGCGACCCCCGGCGCUUCCCCCGCCGCUCUUACGCCGCUCUGCUCCGCGCCGCCUUCCGCAGCCUCCUCCUAGGGCACUCCCAGGAAGGGUUGGUUGAUACCGAGGCGGCGGGGCGUGCAGCGCCUGUCAGCCCUGCCUGGCACGGCUUGCACCCGCCAGUGCUUCAGCUCCUCUCUUCCUCCUCCUCGCACUUUGCCUACUUGCUCCGUCCUUUUGCUCUAAGCCCCCACAUGUGUUCCAUUUUAAAAGUUUUGUGGGAAAGUAAUUCAUUUGCUUUAGACGAUCCGGACCUGAAAGAUAUUGACCCCACGGUAUUAAAACAUUGCCAUGCUGCGGCUGCCAUGUGUAUUCUGGAGGCAGGAAAGCAGAAAGCCGACAUAUCUGCUAUAAGCACAUGUCUAGAAGACUGUAAACUGGAUAAAGAGAGAAUAGAACAGUUUUGCACCGAAUAUCAGAAAAACAAGGAUGCAUUGGAAAUCCUGUUGGGAAGCAUAGGCAGAUCUCCUCUCCAUAUAACUGAUGUGUCUUGGCGCUUGGAAUAUCAGAUCAAGAACAAUCAACUUCAUAAAACUUACCAGCCUUCCUACUUGGUGACCUUAAACGUAGAGGACAGUGAUUCAGGAUCACACCCAGAUGUUAGCUUUAGUUGCACGAUGGAGCAGUUACAGGAUUUAGUUGGAAAACUAAAAGAUGCUGCAAAAAGUUUAGAAAGAGCGUCUCAGAUUCUCGUCCCCCCUUCCCGCUACCGCGGCGCUUUUGCUCCGUUGUCCACAGCGCUUUGUCAGUUCGCCACAACCAGUCUUGAAUCCUCUGCAAGAGCGGCGGCUGUACCGGUAACGGAGGCAAAAAGGGCUGUGGAAGCUGCCUGCGGGGCCGGGGCACCCCACGAAAAGCCGCAGCCCGCAGGAUCGAGCGGAGCCGGCUGUCGGCUCCAGCCCGACGGCGUCUUCCCGCCCUCGCGGGGCCGCUCAGCGCCCGCCGUCGGGACCGCUGCCGUCCUCUACCGCUCGCCUUGGGCCGCCCCGGUGCCGGUGGCCGCUGCGGAGCACGUCCGCACCUGCAGGAGGGGGCACAGCGGCCCCGCGGAAGAAGCGCGGCGGCGGGCGGGCCCUCGCCCUGCCGCGGCGCCCGGCGUAGAGCGGGGUUCUUCCCGCCCCGCUGCGUCUCUCCCGGGCUGCGGGCGGCGUCUUGUCCGCGGCGGCGGAGAGCACCAGCGACGGUUUCCCCGCUUCCCUCCCGCCCACUGCGGUGGAAGCGCCCGGUGCUCCCCGUCUGUCGGAGGGGGGGGGGGGGGGGGGAACACCCCGGGUGCCCGCGACACCCGCUGCGCCGCCGCUCGGGGAGAGGAAGCCUCGGCGCGGCCCCAGGGGGUCGCGUCCCCCCGACGCCGGCGGCCCCGCCAAGUCCCGGGGCCGCGUGCGGCCGAGGAUCAGCAGGCACGAGGCGGCGGGGGCGCGAGGCCGCGGGGCAGUGCCCCUCGGGGGGCUCGGUCCGGGGCGUGCGGGACCAAUAAUAAAGAGAGGAACGCGAGCGAGGCCGCGAGGCGGAGCGGGGGGCAGAGGGAGAGACAAUGGGCUGGUGGAGAGAGGACCCAUCCGGACCGGGGAGACUUUGCGCUCCCAGCGCCUGAGCCGCCGGGGCGGCGAACUCGGAGGGAGAGAGAGCGAGAGGGAGCGAGAAGGGCCGGUGGACGACCGGAGGAAACACGGGUGUUUUGGGGGUUGUUUAAGGAUCCGGAGACUUGUUUUCUCCUGUCCCAACACCUUACACUGGUGCUGCAAAUCUCGUUCCACCUCUUGCAAAACUUUGCACCGCGCUCGCUUCGUCCGCGGGAGGCUUUUCAAACGAGAGUCAAAAGAGGGGAGGGAAGGACAGAAAGAGAAAGAGUUGCGGGGUGGGACAGAAAGGAAGGAAGGAAAGAGAGAAAGGAGGGAAGGGGAGAAUGGGGAAGAAGGGAUGCCGGCGGCGCUGCGCGGGAGCUGGGGCUCGGCACCCCGCUGGCGGUGCGGGGGGCUCGGUCCAGGGAGCGCGGCGCGGCGGAGGGAGGGAGGGAGCGGAGGGGGAGAGGAGCGAUCUCAGACCAGCUCCUCGCACCGAGUCGACGUGGAGAGAGGCCCCUGAGAGGAUCCGAAAUGGCCGAGGCUCGGGAGGAGCCUCUGGCGCUCGCCUCCUCCGGGCUGCGACCCCGAAGCCCGGCUCGGUCCUGGCUGCCCCGCACCGCGCCCCGGCACCCUCCGGGCUGUGGCACCCGGACCCCGCCCGCACCACCCCCGUCCUCCCCGCCCUCCCCCUCCCCUCGCAACCGGGCUCCCAGACCCCCGCGGGCUCCUCGGCUCUUCCACCCCCUCCGCCAGCCCCCGGGCCCCGCGUCCCACCCCCUGGCCCGGCUCGGCUCGGCCCGGCCCGCCCCCCCAGCCCGCCCCCCCGCCCGGCUCUCAGCGGAGCAGAUCCGGAUCGGCACCGAGCAGCAGCGGCAGCCGCCCGGACCCCCCUCGCGGGCCGGCCCCGCCGCCCCGGUGCCCGGCCCCGCUCCGAGGUGCGUGUCCCCCCCUCUGUCCCUCCCCCGCCGCCGCCCCUCCCCGCUCUCCGGAAAUGCCAGGGCAGCCGCACCGGGAGGCGCUGGUUCCCCUUUGUGCUGCUCGCCGGCAGCCCGGUGCCCGGCCGGCUCCCCGCUCAGAGCUCCCCUCCGUCCCGCCGCAUCGCCGCUGAGCCGCCCGGGGAGCCCGAGCCGGCUGGUGCCCCGCCGCUCCGCGAGGAGAGCCGGUGUCCGCCCAGGAGCGGCGCGAACCGCCCCUCGCCACGCCAAAAUGCACCGAACCACCAGAAUCAAAAUAACGGAGCUAAACCCCCAUCUCAUGUGCGUGCUCUGCGGCGGGUACUUCAUUGAUGCAACAACCAUCAUAGAGUGCCUCCACUCCUUCUGUAAGACCUGUAUCGUGCGUUACUUGGAGACCAGCAAGUACUGUCCCAUCUGCGAUGUCCAAGUUCACAAAACUCGACCACUUUUGAAUAUAAGGUCAGAUAAAACUCUCCAAGAUAUUGUAUACAAGCUAGUACCAGGCCUUUUCAAAAAUGAAAUGAAAAGAAGAAGGGAUUUUUAUGCUGCUCAUCCAUCGGCUGAUGCUGCCAAUGGCUCUAAUGAAGACAGGGGAGAAGUGGCUGACGAAGACAAAAGAAUUAUAACAGACGACGAGAUAAUAAGCUUAUCCAUUGAAUUCUUCGACCAGAAUAGACUGGAACGGAAAGGAAAUAAGGAGAAAGAAAAAUCAAAGGAAGAGGUGAAUGACAAAAGAUACUUGCGCUGCCCAGCAGCAAUGACAGUGAUGCAUCUAAGAAAGUUCCUGAGGAGUAAAAUGGAUAUACCCAACACUUUCCAGAUUGAUGUGAUGUACGAAGAGGAACCUCUGAAGGACUACUACACCCUAAUGGAUAUUGCCUACAUCUAUACCUGGAGGAGGAACGGGCCUCUCCCCCUGAAAUACCGGGUCCGACCUACUUGCAAGAGGAUGAAGAUCAGUCACCAGAGGGAAGGCUUAAAUAAUAGCGGGGAGCUGGAAAGUGACUCUGGGAGCGACAAGGCGAGCAGCCCAGCGGGAGGCAUCCCCUCCACCUCCUCCUGUUUGCCCAGCCCCAGCACACCUGUCCAGUCUCCUCACCCCCAGUUCCCCCACAUCUCCAGCACCAUGAACGGCACCAGCAGCAGCCCCAGCAGUAACCACCAGUCCUCCUUUACCAACAGAGCACGGAAAACAUCGAUAAAUGGCUCCUCGGCCACUUCAUCUGGUUGAUGUGCCAACCAGGCUACUACCCCCCUGCCCCUUCUUUAUAUAGAUCUCUCCAUGCCAUUACAGCUUUAUAGAUGCUAAUCCAUGUGACUCUCGUCCAAAUUGCUUUCUUUUGUAGUGACACUGAACUUGGCUAUAAAAGGACUAAGUGACAUUCAGGAUGGACGUUAAUGGAAACGCAAGAUUGAAAUGUAAAUGGUUUUCAGAGGACUGGGUAGCAAACAAAAGUUACACCUUCACCUUGUUCUGAGUGAUACGGAGUUGUUUCCGUCCCCCAUCAUCUGGACUCGGCAGUCUCCAGAAGUCAAUCCAAAUCCCAGGAAGUAGUUUGUUAAUCCAGACUAACUCCUCCAUUGCGUUCUCUUCGAUUGUUAUUGUUCUUAUGCUGUUUCGUGAACCUGUAGAAAGCAAGUGCUUUUUCAUCUUGAAAUCCAACAAAAUGGAAAGAAUAUGCAUAGAAUAAUGCAUAUAUGUAGCCAUGUCACUGUGAAUAACAAUUUUUGCGUAUUAGCCAUUUUGAUUCUUAUGUUGCAUCUUUUACUCCUCUGUUGCUGCGCAGAACCGAUCAAAAGAAAAGUAAACUUCAGUUUUACAAUCUGUAUGCCUAAAAGCGGGUAUUACCGUUUUAUUUACUGACUUGUUUAAAUGAUUCGCUUUUGUAAGAAUCAGAUGGCAUUAUGCUUAUUGUACAAUGCCAUAUUGGUAUAUGACAUAACAGGAAACAGUAUUGUAUGAUAUAUUUAUAAAUACUAUAAAGAAAAUAUUGUGUUUCAUGCACUCAUGAUAUGGUUGUUAAAUUUCUAAACUGGUUCGACCCUUGCAGAUGCCGCCUGUUCGAGCUUUGCUCAUACUGCAAGAAACACUUUGCGUGUGAGAGCUACAGUAUUGGGAAAGCACAUUUGAGUGUCUGAUAUAACCAGAAGACAAUUGGCAAUCUUGAAAGGAUUUUACUGGCUUUGUCUUGUUUUUUUUUUUUCUUUUCCAAGUGAUAUAUUUUUACUUUACCAAAUGCUGAAGUGAUGCAGUGAAGAAAAAAAAGUAAAAAAAAAAAAAAAAAAGUUGAUGGACAUGGAAGUUUUUGACCUGUUUGGUUACUUUUUUAUUAUUUGGUGUGGUGGGACUGUGUUUCUAAAAGCACACGGAAUCAUUAGAGAAGCCAUAAACUAUUUGGUAUAAAUUUUAUGGAACCAGCAAGUGGCUGGGUGAAGGCAUUUUAUCUAAAUUUGUUUUAAUAUAUAUGUAUAUGGUACAGUACUAACUUCAUUAAAAUUUAACAGGUACUUUAAUAUUUCAGAUAAAUCCUGGAGAAUGCCUCCUCUUUAAUGGCCUGCAAAUAGGUGCAUUUUAGGGUAUUUUGGUUUUGUUUUUUUUUUCUCAGUAGAAGAAACUUUUCCACCAUAAAAUCUGAACAGCCCAGAACACUUUUCAGUUUGUGCUUUGCUUUGGUCGAACUUCGUGUGUGUUCAUCACCCAUCAAUUAUACAUUUGUGAGGGUGUUUAUUCUAUAUGGAUAUUGUUUCAUGUUUGUACGGGAAAAUUGUAGUUAAACAUUUCAUUGUCUCCAGUCUGCAAAAGAAGCACAAUUCUUAUUGCUUUGUCUUGCUUAUAGUCAUUAAAUCAUUACUUUUGCAUAUAAA